CCCUGAUUCACGGGCCGCUGGGGCCAGGGUUGGGGGUUGGGGGUGCCCACAGGGCUUGGCUAGUGGGGUUUUGGGGGGGCAGUGGGUGCAAGGAGUUUGGUUUGUGUCUGCCCGCCGGCAGGCAAACGCAACCCACGCGGUGGGGGAGGCGGCUAGCGUGGUGGACCCACGCCGCGUGGCCCUGUGGCAGCCGAGCCAUGGUUUCUAAACUGAGCCAGCUGCAGACGGAGCUCCUGGCGGCCCUGCUGGAGUCAGGGCUGAGCAAAGAGGCACUGAUCCAGGCACUGGGUGAGCCGGGGCCCUACCUCCUGGCUGGAGAAGGCCCCCUGGACAAGGGGGAGUCCUGCGGCGGCGGUCGAGGGGAGCUGGCUGAGCUGCCCAAUGGGCUGGGGGAGACUCGGGGCUCCGAGGACGAGACGGACGACGAUGGGGAAGACUUCACGCCACCCAUCCUCAAAGAGCUGGAGAACCUCAGCCCUGAGGAGGCGGCCCACCAGAAAGCCGUGGUGGAGACCCUUCUGCAGGAGGACCCGUGGCGUGUGGCGAAGAUGGUCAAGUCCUACCUGCAGCAGCACAACAUCCCACAGCGGGAGGUGGUCGAUACCACUGGCCUCAACCAGUCCCACCUGUCCCAACACCUCAACAAGGGCACUCCCAUGAAGACGCAGAAGCGGGCCGCCCUGUACACCUGGUACGUCCGCAAGCAGCGAGAGGUGGCGCAGCAGUUCACCCAUGCAGGGCAGGGAGGGCUGAUUGAAGAGCCCACAGGUGAUGAGCUACCAACCAAGAAGGGGCGGAGGAACCGUUUCAAGUGGGGCCCAGCAUCCCAGCAGAUCCUGUUCCAGGCCUAUGAGAGGCAGAAGAACCCUAGCAAGGAGGAGCGAGAGACGCUAGUGGAGGAGUGCAAUAGGGCGGAAUGCAUCCAGAGAGGGGUGUCCCCAUCACAGGCACAGGGGCUGGGCUCCAACCUCGUCACGGAGGUGCGUGUCUACAACUGGUUUGCCAACCGGCGCAAAGAAGAAGCCUUCCGGCACAAGCUGGCCAUGGACACGUACAGCGGGCCCCCCCCAGGGCCAGGCCCGGGACCUGCGCUGCCCGCUCACAGCUCCCCUGGCCUGCCCCCACCUGCCCUCUCCCCCAGUAAGGUCCACGGUGUGCGCUAUGGACAGCCUGCGACCAGUGAGACUGCAGAAGUACCCUCAAGCAGCGGCGGUCCCUUAGUGACAGUGUCUACACCCCUGCACCAAGUGUCCCCCACGGGCCUGGAGCCCAGCCACAGCCUGCUGAGUACAGAAGCCAAGCUGGUCUCAGCAGCUGGGGGCCCCCUCCCCCCUGUCAGCACCCUGACAGCACUGCACAGCUUGGAGCAGACAUCCCCAGGCCUCAACCAGCAGCCCCAGAACCUCAUCAUGGCCUCACUUCCUGGGGUCAUGACCAUCGGGCCUGGUGAGCCUGCCUCCCUGGGUCCUACGUUCACCAACACAGGUGCCUCCACCCUGGUCAUCGGCCUGGCCUCCACGCAGGCACAGAGUGUGCCGGUCAUCAACAGCAUGGGCAGCAGCCUGACCACCCUGCAGCCCGUCCAGUUCUCCCAGCCGCUGCACCCCUCCUACCAGCAGCCGCUCAUGCCACCUGUGCAGAGCCAUGUGACCCAGAGCCCCUUCAUGGCCACCAUGGCUCAGCUGCAGAGCCCCCACGCCCUCUACAGCCACAAGCCCGAGGUGGCCCAGUACACCCACACGGGCCUGCUCCCGCAGACUAUGCUCAUCACCGACACCACCAACCUGAGCGCCCUGGCCAGCCUCACGCCCACCAAGCAGGUAAGGUCCAGGCCUGCUGGCCCUCCCUCGGCCUGUGACAGAGCCCCUCACCCCCACAUCCCCCGGGCUCAGGAGGCUGCUCUGCUCCCCCAGGUCUUCACCUCAGACACUGAGGCCUCCAGUGAGUCCGGGCUUCACACGCCGGCAUCUCAGGCCACCACCCUCCACGUCCCCAGCCAGGACCCUGCCGGCAUCCAGCACCUGCAGCCGGCCCACCGGCUCAGCGCCAGCCCCACGGUGUCCUCCAGCAGCCUGGUGCUGUACCAGAGCUCAGACUCCAGCAACGGCCAUAGCCACCUGCUGCCGUCCAACCACAGUGUCAUCGAGACCUUCAUCUCCACGCAGAUGGCCUCUUCCUCCCAGUAA